AGUAGGUCAACACAGGUGACACUGUAACAAGGAUAUGGGACAUGUACAUCAGCCAUUUGCAUCACACUCGUUAGAAGGCUAUAAUUCUUGGGCCGGUUUAGAUAUGAGACUGCAGCUCAAGAGCGACAAAUUAACACUGACAUGAGACAGGUAUUUAAACAACUUACACAACGUGUUGGUUUAAUUGAGAAAAAAAGCCUUCGAGGUGCGAAACCGUUUAGGCUCGCAGCUUAAUACAUGCUCUACAAAUUAUAGAGCGUAUGUCCUCCGCUGGAGGUAUGUUUUGUGACACUAUGUACAAUGGUAUGGUUUGUGACACUACACAAGCACAAAUACUAGCACAUAUAUAUUGUACUGUACAGUACCUGAAUGUUUCAGGACCUAGAGCAAUUACAGUACGUCGGAUGUAAAAUAAUGGCCCAGGUUUAACAUAGAUAUGUAUUCGCCAUACAGUACAUGUACAUGUACAAAAAUUAUAGAUCUAUACACUUACGGAACAUAUACAACUGUACAGUACUUUGUACAAUCGGUAUAAAUGUUUGUCAAACAAUAGGCAAGAAUCUACAGGUAUACAACAGGACGCUUCAACUUAAUUAAUUUUGCACCUACUCCUACUGGGUAUAUGGACAUGCACAACGCAUUAAUACUAGUAAAUGUAUCGCCAUGUGUCUAUAUAGCGCAUGUCAUCUUUUGUCGUGCUUAUUAAAAAAUGUGAGAACUGUAAGAAAACCGUUCUUGCGGUGUUAAUGGGAGCAGACAGUGUUAGUAAAUGAACCCGUGGUGUGCUUCAUAAGUGAGGAGUCCACUAUUCGUCAGAUUACAUAACCUCAGCAACCCCUUAUGGCUGCCUCCAGAAGUGCAGUAUGCCAAGGUGGGCACUUAGUCUUUUUAACACUGGUGACAUUUUGGACUUUCAAGUACUGCGUCAUUUCCGUGACGUGUGAAGUGACGUCACCAGAAGUGACGUCACGAGUUAGCUAUCUAUCAGAAGAUGCCAACACGUGGUACAUACACGAAGAAUGCGCUGACACACCAUUAAUAACUAGAAUAUGUAAUCCAGACAGCAACAGCUCUCUUACCAUUGCAGCAUUCUGUCCAGUAACUAGUGAUAUUUAUCUAUAUAAUUUUACAACCAAGACGACAGUAAGAAGGAUAAAUGUCCUAGAUUCUAUAGGUGCUUAUGAUUCUUCACAAACAUCUGCCUUCGAGUUCAGUCCGAACUGCAAGUUCAUGUUUUCAGCUAGACAAAACGUAGGAUUGCUCAUAUUCGAAGAUGACGAAAGCAACCCGAUCCGACGGCUCCAUAUAGCUGAUGGUAAUCAAAUCAUUGAUCAUAAAAUAUCUGCUGAUUCAGAUCGUGUUUACAUAUUAGAAGAUCGCCAUCCAAAUAUGACGCUUAAAUGCAUAGAUUUACGCAACCAGUUGUCAACCAGUGAGUCUUUACGGUUCUGUGACGGCGACUGCAGUUUGCAGUUCCACUUUUACAGAGUCGUCGUCAACGCCCAAAACACACGUCUGUAUGUGUUACCAACUGGAGACACGAGGACCAAAAUAAUCAUAUUCGAUAUCUCUGCACCCUUCUGCGCCACGCGGUUCUUGGAAAUCAAACGUUACUUUGAAGUGGCGAGCUUUGCCUUUCCCACCAAAGAACUGAAUAGAAUAAUAGUGGACAGCGGUCACGUGUUACAGUCCAGUGACGUUUCUGGCAGUGACCUCGAAGGGAGAGGCUACGUUAACUCUUCCACAACGCCGUACAAAUGGUUGGUCCAGUCUCCAGAGCCGCCCCACUAUGUUUACGGGUUUAAAAGCGGGGAUAACGAACACAUCCACGUGUAUAGUUGGCCUUACCUGAACGGUCUCCAGUCCAAAGAGAUACACGUGAUUCCCAACACACACCUCAGCAGUACAGAACUGGUCUCCAUGGAAAUUAUGCGUCAUAGUAAUCAUGGCGGAUAUAUCGUGGCCAUGCUUGGAAGGUGUAAAACACCGGACGGUCUUUACUGGGUCAGAGUUUCGGUUGAACCUCUUCCAGUCCCGGAGGCGUCCCUACUUUACGAUUCAAAUGUGGCGGUUUCCGUCUGGCGGCACCCAGGUGACCAUAUCACGACCAUACUGAGCACGUCCAGUAAUGAAAGAAAAGACAUUCUCUACGACCAACACGCGGCGUGCUUGCAUGAUGGGGGGCUUUUCAUAGGACUACGGUACGCAGAGUUACACCUUGUUAAUACCACCAGUCACGACAUCCACAUAAUUCAGCUGCCACUGCCUGGUUUAAAAAUCACCGUAAAUGACAAUUGUUCACUGGUUGCCGUCAUUCACAAUAGUUACGUCUCGACGUUUCACCUUACCGCCUCACCGCGCCGCGUUGCUUCCAACAGCACCUACCCUGUUCCUUCUUACGACUCAUGGAAUGCUGUGAUCCGAGGCAGACACAUAUUCAUAUUCCCCAAACACGGCAAUGCCAGCAACCCCUACCUGGUGAACUUCUGGCGUUUGGACUCCGUGUCUGGCAUCGUGUCUGCUCAGGGUGGGCCUCUGAGAGGUUCGCCCACGUGCUACCUUCACCCAAACCAGAUCUGGCUUUACUGUCCCACCAUGCAGCAAGCCCCCAGAUACCUGUACAAGUUUGAGAUAAACAGCAGCGGAGAUUUGUCCCUCUUGGAUAAAAAGAUCGCCAUCUCGGUGUGCCAGCCGAUCUGGUUUGAACAUUCCGGACAGAACAUCUAUUGCAGCAGUGGGGCAGUGCUGGACGCCUCUAGUUCAACAAAAGAGGACUUGCAGAAGCAGUUUUCACUAGAUGAAUACUCAGAUUUCACCAGCUUUGCUGAAACACAAGACAACACAUUGUUAGCUUUGAAGGACGACAUGGCCGCCGUUUUGGUGUACAACACAACAGGUGGUCAGUUAGAGGGUGCCAUCCAACUACCACUGACCGCAGAUUGCAGGUUUGCCCCUCCCUACUUUACGUUCGACGCCGUGUACUCCAGUGAUGACAGCGGCCUUACUGUAGUGGUGGUUACGAGGAAAGAACAACUGUACUCUCUGCGGUAUAAUGGCAUAGGCAGAACACUGGUGGUAGCCGCCAUCUUGGGAAACGGAUCAGUUGAACAGGACCCGAUUCACGUGGUUCGAAGAAGACAGAAGUACUUUCCCCACCGGCUCUGUGGCAUUGCUUUCUAUAAUAUGUUUGAAGAACAUGGGGUACCUGGGGACGCCGGGCCAAAUGUGAUAGCUAUCGCCAUGUCAGCGACUUUUUUUACUCUGUUAAUGAGUAUAGGCGCAUUCUGCCUUGGCUACAGGAAACGAAGAAAGGAAGCAGCGGCAGCGGCGAGGAACACCGGCUCUUCUGACACCGGACACAUAGGUAACUUUUUUACAUGGCGAUAUAACGAUGAUUGGUAUUACGAAUGCCAGUUUCCAGGAGAACAUGUCCUUUACAAGCACAAGUCCCUGCCUCUACAGGUGAAUGCAUUCUUCCAAACCUGCCGAAACAACAAUGAACCACCAUUCUGUAACUGUGGAGUGGCCGUAAAAUCUGAAAACGAUGUAUUUAUAAUUGACUACUGUAGGCAAACUGGAAUACAAGGUCGUAUUGCCAUGAUCGGCUGUGAGAGGGAAACUAUGCGCAUUGAACAACUUGAUGACGGGCGACUGUACAAAAUUCAUUUACCCACUGGCGGCCACGUCGAAGCACAAGUCUUUAACCCGGGCCCAAAUGCUGCAAUAAAUCAUAUACACAUUUACGCAAGCACACUUGAUUAUAGCAAUACAUUAGGGCUAUGUGGUACUUUGAACUUCGAUCCCACAGACGACUUUCAUGACGGAACUGGUUCUUCGAUUGGAAACGAACGACAGUUCAGGGAAGCAUGGAGAGUUAAAGGGAGCAAGGAAAGUCUGUACACAGGGACGGGCGAAACAGGACGGAAAGGUUUCCCUUACUGCACAUGUAACGAAGACAGGGUCGCUAACUGUAGCUAUAUAAAUAAUGUCCAGUCCUGUGCCGAUGAAAAACAGGACAUAACAAAAGCACAAUAUGGACGUUGUAGACAGAGGAGAGAUGAUCCUGAAGGAAGUGAUUACAUCCUUGAAGAGCGAACCUUUUUGGAGGAAGAUUACGACCCCAGUAACACUAGUUUUACUUGGAAAAAUGGUUGGACUGAAGAAUCGUCCAGGGCGUUCUGCACCAGCUAUAUCGUAGAUAGGACCACUGGGGAAGCUGCUGCCUUAAUGAAUAAUUUAGACGAAGGUGCACUGAUAGACGGGUGUGUGGCUGAUAUCCUGAUGACAGGAGGCACUGAAUGGGCCGAAUACACCAGAGACGCAUUUGUGGCAACCAUUGCGGCAGAGUUAGCAAAGAAUGUCUCACUGUGGGCAGUAGAAAACGGUUCCAGCGUUGCAGUGCCGCCGGCCGCAAUAGCGGCCGCCCUUUGUCCGAGGAACUGCUCCGGACACGGCGUUUGCUCAAACGGAACAUGCACUUGCGCUGACUCGUAUUAUGGCUAUGAUUGCUCCAUGGAUAUUAAUGCAGCACCAGUGUGUCUCGAGCUGCCCAGCGCCGGGCUGUGUGAUGAACGCUCUAGGCCGUGCAGAAAGACACCAGUUUAUUGUUCGUCGUUCAUCAAAAGCGUGGCCGUUACCUGCAAAUUUAAGCACUUUAAGGUAACAAUAGCUGCAGUCAUACCAUCUUCUACCUACAGUGAGACUACCGCAGAAUUUAUUCAUCUGCAAGAGGUAAUGUGUCCUUUGCCACACACUUUGUCAAGGAAAAAGAGAGCGGCCAUUCCCACCGUCCCCCAGGAGACCGUCCUCGCGGAGGGAUACGAAGUGAGCGUCAGCAAUAACGCUCAAAACUUCAGCGAACCUAAAUACCUCCUGGUUUACGAUUCUAAGUGUGUUGACUGCAAUUCAACGUUCAAUUGCUCGCUUAAGGGCGAAACCUGUAUCAUCGGAGGAAUAUGUUACGUUGCAAACGAGACAAACCCUAAUAAUCCAUGCCAACGCUGUGAUCCAGCUUACGACGCUGUGGGAUGGUUCACUCAAGCUACAAGCUGCUCGAUAGAUGGCGUGUGUUACCCAGACGGAAACAUCAGACCUGGAGUCUCUUGUCAGUACUGCGACUUUAACAAAAACGAAAAUGAAUGGACAGUUAAGGUACGACGGAAUUUAAGAUACUAG